GUUUGCAAACGACUGCUCAUAUAGGGCUUGGGAUCGCCCUGGCUUCAUAACCAAUCGCGUCAUUCGGGUCAUACAUCCUACGUGCUUCUAUCCAAUCAGCGUUGAGUUUAUAAAACCAGCCUUGCCACUAUUGGUUCAUUUCAGACAAGGGCGUCUUUUGCUCGCUCCAACAGCACCAUCUCUGGCAGGUGGUGUGUGCUUUAAAACCAUACAGUAGGGUAAUGUUUAGGACGAUAGGUAGGUAGUUAUAGGGGAAUAAACACACUUUAGGUUGUUAAUUUGUCGACUUUUGUUUCGUAGUUUUGUUUUACGUGCCAUUACGUCUCCUUUGAAGCAACCGGAAUCGCAGCGAGUGAGAUUACCGUCGGGGUUCCCCUCUCUGAGACAGACACUUUGUGCUUUACAAGCGGUGAAUUGCUGCUUCUUCAUCAUGCAGAAGAAAGAGGGAAAAGCCCUACAUGUUGAUUAUAUUUCGGCUCCGGUGUAAGUCUGAAUGAGCGAAGAACCUCCCGGCGACGACUGAAACCAGGGGCUCACAUCCCGGAUCUGCCUCACCUCAUCCGCCGGUGUAGCAAUAUACAAUAUGUUGUGUUGAUUUUUUUUCUGGAAGUGGUCGUGCCUUUUGUUUUCAUUUCGGGAUAUGUGAUAUGCGGAUCCGCGAACGCAACGAAACGCAAAUGAGUUUUUUCUUCUGCUUUGAAAAUGAGGAAGCGUUUUCAUAAAGACCCAGAAAAUGGCAAGAAGGUCUCGUCGUCCGUGGGCCCGGAUUUGAGUAAAAUGAGAAAGAAAGGAGCAAAUGCAACAGCAGCAUGAUAUCUUUUUUUUGCCUACAGAAUGACACCAAAGGAGGUAAAAAAGGUGGCGGUAAAUAAGACGCAGCAUCAAUGAAGGCGAUCUGGACAAGUUUUGAGUCGCUCAUAAUGAACAGAAUUACUUUGCAGCUCGACAGCAGAUCCUUUCCACAAUAUUGAAGAUUGUUUUUGGCUUGGGAGAUUUUCUAAUUCACCAGUAUUCUGCAUUUGUUAACAAUUGUUGAUUACAUUUUAGAUUUCUCUGUUUUUAAAAAAAAUACUUUUGAUCCGGAUCCAGCCCUGACUAUUCAAUGGAAGUAUGUUAUCAGCUGCCGGUUUUGCCUCUAGACAGGCCGGUUCCCAAGCAUGUCCUCAGCCGGAGGGGAGCCAUUAGUUUCAGCUCCAGCUCUUCCCUCUUCGGGGCUCCUGAUCCAAGACAGCUGUCACAGAGACGAGGGGCCAUCUCCUACGACAGCUCCGACCAGACAGCACUGUACAUUCGCAUGCUAGGAGAUGUGAGAGUGAGAAGUCAGGUUGGGUUUGAACCGGAACGAAGAAGCUCCCAUCCUUACCUGUGCAUCGACUUCAGAACUCUUCACACACGGCCGAGCUCUGGAUCCACGUCAGCGGAGUCCUCGCCUGAGAGGAGGGUCCACAGACUGCUCAGCUUCCAGAGGUACCUGCACUCCUCCCGGCUGCUGCGGGGCAUCCCCCAGCAGAUCCCCCUCCACAUCCUGGAUGAAGACUACACUGGACAGGCCAGAUGCAUGCUGGAAAAAGUCGGGACCUGGAAUUUUGACAUCUUCCUCUUCGAUAGGUUGACAAACGGGAACAGCCUGAUCACCCUGACCCUCCACCUGCUGAACCAGUACGGCCUGGUGGAGCUCUUCCAGCUGGACAUGCUCAAACUGUGGAGGUUCCUAGUCAUGGUCCAGGAGGACUACCACAGCGACAACCCCUACCACAACGCUGUCCACGCUGCCGACGUCACACAGGCCAUGUACUGCUUCAUGCAGGAACCCAUUCUUGCCAAGUCUCUGACCUCCUGUGACAUCCUGCUGGGACUCCUCGCCGCCGCUACACAUGACCUGGACCAUCCGGGGGUCAACCAGCCUUUCCUCAUCAAGACUGACCACUAUCUCGCUACACUCUAUAGGAAUAACUCGGUUCUGGAGAACCACCACUGGAAGUCAGCAGUGGGCCUGCUCAGAGAGACCGGGCUCUUUUCCCAUCUGCCCGCAGAGGACAGGUCAGUCUGACACUGAAGCCAUGUCAAGUGCAACGGUAGAAACUUGAAGUUAUUUCAGAAGGCUUCACUGAUUGGGUAAUGGAGAGACUUCCAUCCAAUGUCAGUGCUCAACAAUGUGGGGCUGUAUGAAACUUGGCAAGCUGAACACAUUCUGAGAAUACUCUGAGAGCUCUUAACAUUUCGAGCAAUGAGUCCGAGCUUAGAAGGGAUUUAAGAAGGAUUCUCAGAACCACUCUAAACAAGGAAGGGACAGAAAGUUUUACCGUGAGGAGCUGCUGUUGACCCGGGUGCUCGUUAUGAUGCGUUCUUUAAAAAAGCUUUGAUGGUUGCAAAAUACAACAAAAUAGAAAAUCACUAGAUAUAAUGUUAUGGACGGCUGUUUCCGAAAAAGAAUACAAAAUAUCCUCAAGGAAAGUCA